UCGCUGCCUAUGUUGGCUGGCAGAGCUCCUGAAUUCUCAAACCCCUGCCUCAACAAGGUCUUAGUGAUGCUGAGGAAUUUGUUAUUGUGAAAGCUCUUAACGCCCUUACCUGUAUGUGUCAAUUAGGGCUGCUGCAAAAACCUCAUGUCUACAAGUUUGCCAGUGAUACGGGGAAUGACAGAGGAAGAGGAAGAGAAGCUUUUGGCUCUGAAAGACUUCAUGAUGAAAUCGAACAAAGCAAAGGCCAAUAUAGUGGAUCAGAGUCAUCUCCAUGACAGUAGUCAGAAAGGUGUAAUUGAUUUGGCAGCCUUAGGUAUAACUGGGAGACAAGUUGACCUUGUUAAAACCAAACAGGAACCAGAUGACAAGCGAGCUAGAAAACAUGGGAAACAAGACUCAAAUGUCAGUGAAGAGUGGAAAAGCAUGUUUGGCUCUCUGGAACCACCGAGCAUGCAGCAGGCCCUGCCUAAAGGGAGUGAUCAGGAGGUGAUGCCGGCUGGGAAGCCGCCUCGUUCCGAGUCCUCCGCUGCUAUCUGCGUCCCUUUGUCGACUUCUCCGCAGGUUCCAGAAGUGACAAAUGUCCAAAAUAGAAAACCAACAGUACAGGUUUUCAGUAGCACAAUUUUACCGUCCACUUCCCAGAUCCGGAUCACAACGUGUAAAGCUGAGCUUCAGCAGCUCAUACAGCAGAAAACGGGGAGCAGUGGCAGUGCGCGAGAGGAUAGCUAA